AUGGCCACCAUCACCAGCCCACUCCGCGCUCUUGUCCGCUCGCGCCCAUAUGCGGUGCUCUCAGCUGCCGCAGCUGGUCCAUCUGCGGCAGCAGGUCCAUCCCGGAUCGCAGCUCUAGCUGCCGCCCGACCAUACUCUACCCCUUCAUCCACCUCAGCUCGGUCCCUCUCCGCGUCGCCCAAGACCCUCAGGGUCCAUUUUAUCGCUACAAGGAGAUGGAACAGCUCAGCCGCAUCGUCUCGUCUGCCGGGGACGGAAGAAGUAUCAGAUGAGAAUCUGCGUUUGGAGGCUCCUGGACCCGAGUCUAAGCCACAGCAACUUGGGCAGAUCGUACCUAGACUAUCCCUCACUUUCACAUGUACAGCCAAUGGCUGCGGUCAUCGCUCAACGCACGAGUUCUCCAAGCAGGCGUAUACGAAGGGGAUCGUACUCGUGCAGUGCCCAGAAUGUAAGAACAGGCACUUGAUAGCGGAUCACCUGGGGUGGUUCAAGGAGAGCACGGAAGAGGGCAAUCUUAAGAACAUAGAGGAUCUCAUGAAGGCCAAGGGGGAGACAGUACGGACUGGCCAGGUCAACUGGGACGGGGACAUCGAGUACGACGGGGAGACCAAGGCGUAG